ACUGCCACGUACUAGAAAGAACCUUGGGUGUGGAGACCUGGAGCUGAUCUGUGUGACUGCAGACUGUCUCUCCUCCUUUUCUGAGCCUGUUUCCCCUUGUAUGAGGCAAGGGAGCCUAUUGCGCAAAACAGGCCAUAGUCACACUGCUCAGAGUGAAGCAGGUGGGGGCCUGGGGCUCACCCUUCCCUUGGUUUUCACAGAAGCCAUCGAGAUGCCUCCAAGGACCCCAAGGCUCUGAGGGACUCAGGAUCCUCAAAGUGCGCCCCCCCCCCGCCCCGCCUUGUUCAUAUUGCCUCCCUGCCAGCUCGCAUCCCCUCAAAGACAAAGCCAGGUGGAUGCUUCUCUCUGGCCAGUGGCAGUCUGCUUCCUGAGCUACUGUCCCCUCUCCCAAACAGGAUCCCAAUUUCCCAGAACCUGCCCCCACAGGGGCGGGGCAGCGAGCAAGUUACAAAUUCAUUCCGCUCUUCCUCUCAAGUUCAGAAGCGGCCUGCCAGGCACCAGAGCCAAAAUGAAGACCCCAGCCCCUGGCCGCGCCUGCGGCGUCGUGCUGGUCCUGCUCUCGCUGGCCACCCUCCAGACCCUCAGGGCCCAAAAGAACGACAUCGACAUCUACAGCCUCACUGUAGACUCCAGGGUCUCAUCCCGAUUUGCCCACACAGUCGUCACCAGCCGGGUGGUCAACAAGGCCAGUACUUUGCAGGAGGUCACCUUCCAGAUGGAGCUGCCCAAGAAGGCCUUUAUCACCAACUUCUCCAUGAUCAUUGAUGGUGUGACCUACCCCGGUAACAUCAAGGAGAAGGCUGCAGCCCAGGAGCAGUACAGCGCGGCCGUGGAGAGGGGAGAGAGCGCCGGCCUCGUCAAGGCCACUGGGAGAAAGACAGAGCAGUUCCAGGUGUCAGUCAGUGUGGCGCCCGCUGCCAAGAUCACCUUCGAGCUGGUGUAUGAGGAGCUCCUGGUGCGGCAUCUGGGAGCGUACGAGCUGCUGCUGAAAGUCCAGCCCCAGCAGCUGGUCAAGCACCUGCAGAUGGACAUUUACAUCUUUGAGCCUCAGGGCAUCAGCUUUCUGGAGACAGAGAGCACCUUCAUGACCAAUGAACUGGCAGAGGCCCUCACCACCACACAGAACAAGACCAAGGCUCAUGUCCGAUUCAGGCCGACGCUGUCCCAGCAGCAAAAGUCUCCAGAGCAGCAGCAGGACACAGUCCUGGAUGGCAACUUCAUCGUCCGCUAUGAUGUGGACCGGACUGUCUCCGGGGGUUCCAUUCAGAUCGAGAAUGGCUACUUUGUGCACUACUUUGCCCCUGAGCACCUGGCCACGAUACCCAAGAACGUGAUCUUUGUCAUUGACAAGAGCGGCUCCAUGAGCGGCAGGAAAAUCCAGCAGACCCGGGAAGCCCUCAUCAAGAUCCUGGGUGACCUCGGUCCCCGUGACCAGUUCAACCUCAUCAGCUUCAGUGGGGAAGCAACCCCGUGGAAGCCACAGCUAGUGGCAGCCUCGGCUGAGAACGUGAAUGAGGCCAAGAGCUACGCCACUGCCAUCCAGGCCCAGGGAGGGACCAAUAUAAACGAUGCGAUACUGAUGGCCGUGCAGCUGCUAGAGAGAGCCAACCGGGAGGAGCUGCUGCCCCCAGGAAGCGUCACCCUCAUCAUCCUCCUCACCGACGGCGACCCCACUGUGGGGGAAACCAACCCCUCAGAGAUCCAGAAGAACGUUCAGGAAGCCAUAGAUGGCCAGCACAGCCUCUUCUGCCUGGGCUUCGGCUUCGACGUCAGCUACGCCUUCCUGGAGAAGCUGGCACUGGACAACGGUGGCCUGGCCCGGCGCAUCUAUGAGGACUCGGACUCCGCACUGCAGCUCCAGGACUUCUACCAAGAGGUGGCCAACCCACUGAUGACAUCGGUGGCCUUCGAGUACCCAAGCAACACCGUGGAGGCGGUCACACAGGACGCCUUCCGGCUGUUCUUCAAGGGCUCCGAGUUGGUGGUGGCCGGGAAGCUCCGGGACCAGAGCCCUGAUGUGUUCUCAGCCAAAGUCAGGGGGCAGCUGCACAUGGAGAACAUCACCUUUGUAACGGAGUCCCGCGUGGCAGAGCAGGAGGAGGCGUUCUGGAGCCCCAGAUACAUCUUCCACAGCUUCAUGGAGAGACUGUGGGCGUACCUGACCAUCCAGCAACUGCUGGAGCAAACAGUCUCCACGCCAGAUGCUGAGAAGCAGGCUCUUGAGGCCCGAGCUCUGAACUUGUCGCUCAGCUACAGUUUUGUCACCCCGCUCACGUCCAUGGUGAUCACCAAACCCGAAGGUCAAGAGCAGUCUCAGGUUGCUGAGACACCCGUGGAAAAUGGUGGCAAACCCAGGUCUCUCUGAUUUCCAGGUCACACUCUCUUCAGAUAUCAUUCCGUGGGAGGCAAAGCGUCCAGAGUAUCAGGAGGCAGCAGUGCAGACCCUGUCUUUUCUAAAAGAAGAGGCUGGAGAGGACAAGGACCACCUGGACCUCUUCAUCCUCCUCAUCUUCCUUAUCCACCCCACCGUACGCCCUGGAGACCAACGCCACCAGACGUGAUGCCACGGCUAUCAGCUACCUCAUUUCUUGAUGAACAUGACAUGGACUUAAGAAUCAAAGAAACAACCACGGCAUCCCCACACCACGCCCCCAUCCAGCCUCCUUCUGUCAUCCUGCCGCUGCCUGGGCGGAGCGUGGACCGGCUCUGUGUGGACCUCAAGCGCUCUCAGGGACCGACAAACCUGCUCUCAGACCCUGGCCAAGGGAUUGAGGUGACUGGCCACUAUGAGACAGAGAAGGGCCACUUCUCGUGGAUUGAGGUGACCUUCGAGAAACCCCAGCUGCAGGUUCGUGCAUCCCCUGAGCACGUGGUAGUGACUCGGAACCGAAGAAGCUCUGCAUACAAGUGGAAGAAAACUCUGUACUCGGUGAUGCCAGGUCUCAAGAUGACCAUGGACAAGGCGGGGCUUCUGCUGCUCAGCAGCCCUGACAGAGUGACCAUCGGCCUGCUGUCCUGGGACGGCCCUGGGGCGGGGCUCCGGCUCCUUCUGCGGGACACUGACCGCUUCUCCAGCCACAUCAAUGGGACCCUUGGCCAGUUUUACCAGGACGUGCUCUGGGAGCCCCUGGCAGCAGCAGAUGACAGCAAGCGAACACUGAAGGUCCAGGGGCAUGACCACUCUGCCACCAGAGAGCUCAAGCUGGACUACCAAGAGGGGCCCCCGGGAACAGAGAUUUCCUGCUGGUCUGUGGAGCUGUAGUUCUGAUGCAAGGAGUUAUGCCCACCCGCCGUGCCGCCUGCUGGGUGCAGAUGGCUGCCACCCUGCGACCACAGGGCCACCUGUGGGUCCUGUAACAUCAUGGGGAGAGGUAUUUGUGCUCAUUAAAAUAAAGAGAGGUGGUGUGAA